AAGCAAGACAUCAAUAGAAAAGGCACAGAACAAUCCGACUUCCCCUCCGUCUGCGAAACAUGCUUAGGCCCCAACCCGUACAUUCGCAUGCUCAAACAAGAAUCUGGCGCAGAGUGCAAAAUUUGCAGUCGCCCUUUCACUGUCUUUCGAUGGACACUACAAGGACAAAGCAAAUAUCAAAAAACGGCGCUAUGCACGUCUUGUUGUCGCAUACGAAAUUGUUGUUCACUGUGUAUGCUGGAUUUGCAGUUUGGUUUACCAAUACAAGUCCGUGAUGCGGCGCUCAAGUUGGUCAAGCAAGGUCCAACGACUGCCGUCAAUCGCGAAUAUCAUGCGCAAAAUGAAAAAGCCCUAUUGAGUGAGGAGAAUGCCGGUGAGGUGUCCAAGGAUUAUGGUAAAGCCGAGUCAGCUGCACGAGAACUCCUCAAGAAGCUAGCGAGAUCAGAACCUUAUGCAAGGAAACCCACACAGGCGAUCGAGUCGAGUGCCAGCAAGUCCUCAAAAACAGACAAAUCUGCGCAACGCAGCGCAGGCAUGUCGCGACCUACCGUGAGUGAUUUGCUUCCACCAGCAGACAGAUCCAUCACCUCCCUCUUCCUACUUGGCGUUGAAGAAGAUCUACCCGAAUACGCAAUUCGUCAACAUUUUGGUAAAUACGGCGCCAUCAAGUCACUCGUCUGUUCUCAUCGUGCUCGUUGUGCUUUUGUGAAUUUCACAACACGAGAAAGUGCUGAAGCGGCAGCAUUGGCGUGUGCGGGAGAUGUCUUGAUUAAAGGGUGUCCAUUGCGUGUACAAUGGGGGAAACCCAGGCAA